AUGCGGUCCAGCAUUGCCUGCUCUCGGUGCCGCCGAAGCAAAAUCAAGUGCGUCAAUGCAGGCAUUGACACCACCUGUCGAGCCUGCGAAUCCACCGGUCGCGAGUGUGUAUAUCCUGCCCCUGCCAUUGGCGGCGCGUCAUCUAAGCGAGACCUCGCUGCCACUCUAGACGGCGACGACCGCGCCGUCGACUGGGACAAUCCCAAGAGGUCACGACCGAGAAAAGUCGUCGGCCCGUCGGGUUCUGCCGCUAAGGAUGCCGCGAAAGCAAACGCCGACGUGCUCGACUCGCCCAUCUUGACCCCCAAGGUGUGGGAGACUUUGUCGGAUCGCUUUCAGUCUCACUUCGCCGCUUUUCUGCCGUUCAUUGACCCCAUCACAUUUCGCAAGCAAGUCGGCCAACUCGCUGCUUCGCUCCAGGAUGGCCAGUCCGCUGCCGAAAACGCCUCGCAAAGCCCCGUGCCCAAGCCGGAGAUAUCGCCGUUGAUUCUCCUGGGUGUGCUGGCGCUGACGGCACGCUUUCAUCCCUCGCUAGUGUCGUAUCACUCUCCUGCCGCGACCAAGCCCAACCCGUCCGCGGCGUCCGAGUUCUAUGCUGCUGCCCUACGGCAUCGUCUCGCCGGGUCCGAUGGCCUGGGUUUCGCCCUACCCGACUUGACUCGGGUCCAGGCAUUAUUGAUGCUUGCCUUGCACGAAUGGGGCAUGUGCCGUGGAAAAAGCGCCUGGGUGUAUGUAGGCAUAGCCAUUCGACUGUCGCAAGCUAUGGGUCUUUCGUACGAUCUAGAAAACGAGUAUGCUGUGACUCGGCCAUCGGCACUCAAACUCGAGGCAGAUCUCAGCCCAGACGCCGUGAUUGCCCAGGAAACGAAGAGAAGAACUUUCUGGGCUUGUUUUAUCAUGGAUCGAUGUCUCAGUAGCGGAAAGCAUCGACCGCGGAUGCUCAAAGUUCGUGAGCUAGCUAUCCAACUGCCCAGCGACAAUGCGCUCGAAGGUGAACGGGUCAGAACGUCCCGUCUGUGUGAUAGCCCAGCUCGCCGCCCUUCUAGUAUUGAUGGCCCUGGCGUGCAGAUUCCCAGCCUGCGCCAAAGCUUUUCUUAUAAUACGGAUGAGAAGCUUCGCAAUGGGUCGACGGAUACGAAAGCAUGGUCACCUGUCGCGACUCGUAAUGAUUCUGGUGAUCAUGAGAUUGAUCGCUGGGAAGUUGGCGCAGAAGAAGCGGUCUCGAGUCGUGUUAUUCGGAUCAUUAGAAUCUGGGGCAGUAUCGCUAAAUGGGCAUGUGCUGGAGGUCGACGAAACGAGUCUUACGGACCAUGGCAGUCAGAGUCGCGCUUUUCCCAGCUACGGACCAACCUGGCCGAGUUUCAAGACAGUUUACCCAAAAAAAUCCAGUAUUCCCAGCGGAACAACGACAAGUAUACCAUGCAAAUAACACCUUUUUUGCCGUCUUACAUGGUCAUGCAUGUUGUGUAUUUCCUGUCUUUGAUUGUUCUGCAUCGAGCCUAUCUCCCAUUCCUCCCCCUUCGAUGCAACGAACCAGUUGGCCCGCUAGAUGAACCAACUUUUCCUCGAGAAAAGUAUGCGGUACCUGAAGGAUUCUGGCGUGAUAGUACAAGAGAAUUGUUCCGAGCAGCCAGGCAAAUGCUGGAUCUGGUGAUGGCUUGCCAAGAUAAACAUGUUCUCGAGACCCCGCUAGUUGGAUUCGCUAUUUACAAUGCAGCAUUCAUGGGAGUUUACGCCGCUCAUUUCAGCCACCUGGAUAUCGAUGGAUACUUAUCAAGCAAACGCUCGCUCUCACCUCCCUCGGCUGCAACCAUUACCCAACCGCAGGUACUGACGCAGCGUGCAUUGAAUAUUCUACGUGAUAUGCGCCCUCGAUUGAAACUGGCUACAGGGUGGUUCCGCACUUUGAAUCGGCUGCAUAGCUAUUACAUCAAAGUCAAGAAAGACUUCAAAUCGCACUCACGCGGCAUAGAUGGCGUUGAUGCCUCCAAUGGAUCACGGCUCGUUCGUGAAGGUGGGCCAGGCGGAGGCGUCGAGGAGUUCAAGCUUCUUGAGAAAAUCUUCCUUGAAUUCGGCGACAUUGAUGAUCGAAUUCCCGAGGCAGCAUCCCCAGAGGAAGAUGAUGCCGCACAAGCAAUCCCCAUGUCAGAGCGCGGCGUCGCCCUGAGCGACAACGGCAGCAACGCCGUUAAGAGUGAAUCCGGCGACUCCCAAAUCGACGGCGUGGCCCAACAACGACGCGAAUCUUGGGUACCCAUAAACAGCUCCUCCAACACCGCAAACCUACCCCCUCCUCCUCCCGACAACGGCCGUCGUCCAAGCCUCCCUUCGCUCCAGCGGUCCCUCCAACCGCAAUCACCAUACUCCCUCCCAUCGCUCCAACACCACAACUCCAUCUCCUCCACCACAUCACCCAGCUAUCCCUCCCUCACAUCCCCCGCAGCCUACAGCUCUGCACCGCCCAGCCAACCACUCUACGCGCCAAACCGUCUUCAGCCUCUGAACUCUUGGGUCACAUCACACCAGCAAGGCCCUCCCCCCUCCUACUCCCAGUCUCUUCCCCCCAUCAACGCCAACGCUCACUCCUUCCCCAUGCUCCCACCCCCGGGAUCGGUUACCUACGGCGGUGGAACACCGCACCCCGCGCCGGACGUAGCCGACUACCACAACCUGUGGUCCACCAGCCUCGGCGGCGAUGACCUAGUCGCCUUCCUCGACGGCGGCAGCUAUGAGCACUGGCGCUCCUUGUCCGAUUCCGAAAUCGGGUAUCCAGCAGGCUGGCUGAGCGCGGUAUGGAACGACCUCCCCUAACCCCCCCACCAUCUACCAUAUCCAUAUCCUCCAUAUCCAUAUCUAUAUCCUCCAUAACCCUCUGUUGCGUAUUCCCUGAAGUCGAGCUGAAAACAGUCUCUACCGCGUGAUCUCGGACCCAAUCCUCGUUUUGAUAUAUUUUUUUUUCUUUCUGUAUUAUUAUUCGGCAUCACGCAAGCCGUGUGUACUGUAUGCUAUGCUAUGUUAUGCUAUAUCCAGCAUGUUUUAUGACGAGUUACGACCCGCUAGCGAUCUGUAUGUCUGUCAGUUUGUAUCGGUUUUUAUCUAUCUGACUAGACAGUCCGUUUAUGUACUCAGUGGAUCGAUUGAAAAAGUUGUUAUCUUUAUCGUUGGUAUCUAGGGAGGCUCGCACAAUGAUGUUUUGGUUGGAUAGGGUAGGCUAGGA